AUUUCGGCCUCCUCUUCCCACUUCCAUCACAUGUCUCUUUUCUCGCCCUUUCUAUAAUACCCCUCCACUCUUCCCAUCUUUCAACUCCAAUCCCAUCCCCAUCCAUCGCACCCUCAGCUCCCUAUCUUUCCCAGUCUAUCUAUCUACCAGAAUCUCUCCUUUUCUCUAUAUAUAUCUCCCUAUUUAACAGAGAAGUCAGAGAGAGAACUGGUAGGGAGUAGGAAUGGAAGUCCAUGGAAGGGUGCUCAGCUCUGCAACACCACCAAGUGAGGAGGAGAUGGACCUCAGAAGAGGCCCUUGGACUGUGGAGGAAGACCUUAAACUCAUCAACUACAUCACUGUCCAUGGCGAUGGCCGAUGGAACACUCUCGCCCGUUGUGCAGGGCUGAAACGGACAGGCAAGAGCUGCAGGCUCCGGUGGCUCAACUAUCUCCGGCCGGAUGUCCGGCGUGGAAACAUUACUCCUGAAGAACAACUCCUUAUCCUAGAGCUCCACUCCCGUUGGGGAAACAGAUGGUCGAAAAUAGCACAGCACCUUCCCGGGAGGACCGACAACGAGAUAAAGAAUUAUUGGAGGACCAGAGUGCAAAAGCAAGCCAAGCAGCUCCAGUGCGACGUCAACAGCAAGAAGUUCAAAGACGCCAUGCGCUAUAUUUGGAUGCCUCGCCUCGUCGAACGCAUCCGGGCAGCCUCGGGCAGCUCCCUCCAAGCCUCCAACCCCCUGCCCGACUGCCCGACCGAGCAGCCCGGGCAGGCCUGGCCCUGCCCGGAGAGCUCGGCCUCUGCCCCGGCCGGGUCGAACUCGUCUGACUCGGUCGUGACUCACUUCUCGUCACCUCCCGCCUCGGACUCGUUCACGGGCGAUUAUCAUAAUUAUCCUGGCUGUAUUCAGGGAGGUGAGAAUAAGAGCGGCGACGGCAUCCAGGCCGGGUUUGCUCAGUUGGACGGAGGGUGGUACGAGAACCGGGAAAUGUUUGACUUUGAGCAAGGCGGGUGGGGAGAGAAUUUGUGGAACUUAGAGGACAAUUGGUUCAUGCAACAAGAAGUUUAAGAAUUCAAAAGAGAAGAAAAUUUGUAGAAAAAAGAGAUCAAUUUAAGUGUGCAAUUUAUUAAAAAAGGAAGGGGAGAAAUAGAAAGAGGAGACGAAAAUGAUGCAAACGGGGGAGUUUUAGAAUUUCCUAUCAUUUUCCCCCUCAACCUUUUGAUUUAUAUAAGUUCUUAACUUGGGGAUAUAUGAAUUUAUUCUUUCUUUGAGGAUGUAAUAGGAGAAUGUCUUAAUAUUUUGUGGCUUUGUAAUUCUAAUAAAAUCUCAAUUGUGAAUUGCUAACAGCAUAUUCAUUCAGUGUUUUCCUUUAA